AUGGCGCGGCUUCAUCGGCUUGCAGUGGCAGCCCUAUGCCUAUGCACUCUCGGGGUGCUCUACUGCCCCGGCGUCGCCGCGCAUUUCUCUGAGUCGCGCUCGCUUUUCCGCGAGGCCUUGCAGGUGGUGGACAUCAACAGCACGAGCCUGAGGGAGUUACACGAGUCGGCGCACCUGUGCCCAUGGAUACUGGUCGCCUACUUGGACGGCUGCGGGCACUGCCGCCACUCUGCCCCGCUCGUUGCCCGCAUCGCGGAGGAGACGCUCGAAGACAGCGGAGAUGUGCUGAACGAGGUCACGGUGGCGGCGCUCAACUGCGAGACGAGCACGUUCGACUGCCGCGAGCUGGGGGUGGUCGGCGUUCCCUCUUUUUACUUUCUCUUCCCGUCUAACAUGCCCGUGAACGCGACUACUCUGGGGCCUGUUGUUGCUAAUAAGAAUUUCAUCGACAAGGGUAACGUGGAGGCGAAGCCCAUCAUGAUGGCGCGUGCCUUGAUAGGGCAAGGGGCGAAUCCGGACGCACACUUCAACACCGCACGCAAAAUGUGGCUGGGUGCUUCGGCUAACCUCUGGGGGGCAACGAGUAGGGAACGUUGCCUGCACAUGCGCACUUACCUGCGCAACUCAAAGGAGAGCGACGCCGCGGUAGCCGGCGCUGGUGGGGCUCUAUCCGCUGCCGGCACUGCAAACUUCGUGGAAGAGACGACGUUUCACGUGGCAGAUGUCGCCAACGCGUUCUUCGAAACCCUCUUCCACGAAGUGGCGUUGAGGGGCCUUGAGUCCACUGCGCAGCGCCGAGCUCUUUUUCGGUUUCUUCGCCUGGUGCAGCAGCGACUGCCUGGACUUGGCGCGGAUGUGCUGCUGUACUCUAUGACACUCAAUCGUAGGGUAGAUGGCGCGCAGGGCAGCGUAGACGACUUUGCUUCCUUCUCUGUGGGCGACUGGCAGAAGCUUGUUUUGUCCGCCGGCAUCCCGUACCAGGGAACACCGCGACAUCUGAGCUGGCGAACGUGCAAGGGGUCUUCAUGGCGUUACCGCGGUUUUCCGUGCGGUAUGUGGUUGCUCUACCACUCACUGACGGUGAACACGGCGCGCGUGGACGCCGGCGAGCUCACGGAAGGCGUCGCUGACAAGAGCGAUACCGAGGUGCUGUUCAUCAUUCUCGACUACGCGCGGCACUUCUUCGCUUGUGAUGCGUGCCUUACACAUUUUCUCCGCUUUCAGCCAGGGGACAAGGACACGGUGCUGCAGCUGUGGCGCUUUCACAACGAGGUGAACCGGCGUCUCGCCACGUUUGGGGAGGAAGGCGAUCCGCUGGUGCCAAAGCGAUUUUUCCCGACGGUCGAGCAGUGCCCCGCAUGCUUCCGCAACGACGUCGCCGGCAAGGAGGAGGACCGCUUCGUGGGGAUGGAGGUGUCCAAGUACUUGCGUUCCCGCUACAAGUGGAACCCCACAGCCCUGCACGAGGGGACCGUCAAGGUGACGGAAUCCACCACGAAGCGCACGAUCAACGAUCACGACGGCACCAUGAAUGUGCACCGCAACCCUUUCAGCAUGGACGUCUUUCUGACCGUCAUCCUUGUCAUCGUGGUGGUGGUGCUGGGUAUGGUUUACGUGCUGCGCCGUCACCAUUCGUCUGCUGCUAAGCGGCGCCGUCCGAUUCUGCCCCUUCGAGCGCGCGACUAG